AUGGAAGAAGAUAUCAAAUAUACCUGCUAUUACUCCUGGUGUAGUCGUCAAUUCAAGAACAAGUACAAUUUAAAACGUCAUAUAAAUACAAGACAUCUAUUUUUAAGAUCUUUUACUUGCAAUAUCUGCCAUAAACAGCUUGUUAGCAAGCAAAAUCUUAUUGAGCAUAGGUUUAUUCAUUCAGGAGAAAGGCCUUACGUUUGUAAAGUCCCUGGAUGUGGCAAGAAAUACAGGCAGCUGUCUCAGUUGUCUUUGCAUAGACGAAUUCAUAAUCAGCUGCCUUUUACUAUAGAAAAUGGAUGCAUACAGCUAGAGCCUAUAGAUUUUAACGUAAGCCAAGAGAAAAAUCACUUUUCUUGUGGAGAAAACUGAAUGUUUGAGCUGCCCUACAUUUCAGAAGAAAGAAAAAAUGAACAAAAUAACGCUCAGCUUAGUUUCUGUUGUUAA